UCCGCUCAGUCUCCGUCGUUCCGGUGGCGCUCUGGCCACUUCCGGUGAAUCUCAAUGGUUUCUAAGCCGCUCUGGCCACUUCCGCUCAGUCUCGGUGGUUCCGGUGCCGCUCUGGCCACUUCCGGUGAAUCUCAAUGGUUUCUAAGCCGCUCUGGCCAUUUCCGGCAAAUCUCGGUGGUUCAGGUGCCGCUCUGGCCAAUUCCGGCAAAUCUCGGUGGUUCCGGGCCGCUCUGGCCCCUUUCUGGCGAAUCUCGUUGGUUGCCGGUGCCGCUCUGGCCCGCCCCGCCCGUCUCGGCGGUUGCUCGGCGGUGAUGGCGGCUCUGGCGGCCCUCGGGGCUCCCUCGGUCCCCGAAAUCUUCGCCACCAUGGAGGAGGGGCCGAUCCCCGGCGGGCCCGAGCCGGGCGAGGCGUGGCUGGAGUCCCACGGGCGCAACCUCGGACACUUCGUGAACGGGACCUGGCUGAGACCCGAGAGGAGAGAGAGCCUCGAGUGCCGUGAGGCCACGGCGGGGGUGGUGGCCCUGGUCCUGGCUGGUCCCUGCUCGCUGUCGCCAUGGUGUCCCUGUCGCCACGGUGUCGCCACGGUGUCCCCACGGUGUCCCCAUGGUGUCCCUGUCCCCCCAGGGGUGGUGGCCCUGGUUCUGGCCGGUCCCUCCCCGCUGUGGCCACUUCCGCGCAAUGUCGGUGGUUUAGGUGCCGCUCUGGCCACUUCCGGUGAAUCUCAAUGGUUUCUCAAUGCCGCUCUGGCCACUUCCGCUCAGUCUUGGUGGUUCCGGAGCCGCUCUAGCCAUUUCCGGUAAAUCUCAAUGGUUUCUAAGCCGC